AUGUCAGCAACAAAGGCGAAUGUAUUUGUGCGCGUACGUCCCUUUACAGAGGCGGAGGCGACGGUCUGUCCAGAAGACAGUCCUGUUCCCCGUGAGGUAUUGGAAUGGAAUGGCACCCACACCUUAACGGUAUUGGACGCGGUCAAUGGAUUUGUCCCUCGCAAAAAUGGUCAAUUCGAAAUUGAUAACGUUUUGUGGUCUUUUCGUGAUGAGGAGCGACCACAGCGGGUUGUGCACACACAGAAGGAUGUGUAUGAUAAGAUGGUUACACCUAUCUUUCCACAAUUGGUGGAAGGUUACAGUGCGGCUUUCUGUGUAACUGGGGCUACAGGAAGUGGUCGUAUUUAUUCUCUUUACGGUGAUGAUGUGGAUGGAAUUAAUCGUGGUAUUCUUCCACGAUUUGCAGAUGAUGUUUUUACCGCCUUUAAACGAGAAAAACGAGAGAACAGUACACUUUCCUGUGAAGUGGAGGCUAUUGAUAUUGCCCCUAAUGAAACCUAUGUGGAUUUACUCUCUCAACGACGUAAAAGUCCUGUGAGUGGAACCACAGAAGAAAUGAAACUUGUAAAUGAUGCUGUAGAAGGAAUGAAAUUACAAGGUGCCACUCGAGUUCCUGUAAAUAAACCAGCAGAAUUAAAUGCCGUACUUCGACAAUUGGCACGUGUGGUUCCUAAACGUAGUGGUUGUCAUACCGUUAAUCUUCGAUUUGUGGAAACCUACGAGUUUGAGGAUCCUGAACAAUUAGGACAGGCAGUAAGUAAAGCCAGACGUAUAAAUGUGUUGUUUGUUCUUUUACGAAAUAUGCCAGCGGCCUUUCAACGAUGUGUGGAUGUGGCCGUGGAACAUGAUAGUGGAGAAAAUCCACUGGCAAAGGUUCCCACACGAGAAACGGCUUUUACAAAAUUAUAUCCAGAGUUAUUUCAACAAGGAUAUAAUCUUUCAUUCCUUUGCUGUGUCAGUCCUUUUUAUGAACAUACACGAGAAACUAUGCAAACGCUCGUACUGGCUACAAAGUUUAUGAAAUUACGGUGUAAACCGAAACUCAUGCAAGAUGAGGCACUUGUGGAAUUACGUAAUCUCUCAGAUGAGGUGAAGAAUCUGAAAACAGAGAUGGUUCGUCAAAGUGAAUCUACACAAAUUGUUCAGACAGAGAUUAAUGCCCGUGAGGUGGAGUUAAUGAAACAAGAAGCUGUGAAUCAUUCGUGUAGAGUUAAAUUACAUAAAUCUGAAUAUGAUCUCGCCGCUGCUCGUCAUGCCCGUGCAUUAAAUCGAUAUCGCACAAAAUGGCAUAAGGCGAAUUAUGAGAAAAUCGUACAUGAUAAGAAGAAAAUGAUGGCAGCCAUGAUGAAGGAAAGGGAAGCAACAGAAAAGGUAGCGGCCGAAGAAGGGAAAGUAUUGGAAAAGGCAGGAGAAAAAGUAAAGAUGAUGGAACAGAAAAUUAAAGAACAAAGUGAAAAGAAUGCCUCCUUUGAAGCUCGUCUGAAAGAUAUAAAAGAAAAGGGAGAUAAAGUGGAAGAAAUGAAUAAAUUUAUUUCCUCCACACCAGAGGAACAAAGAUGUUUUGUUCUCGAAGCUGCCGCAAAACGUAAUAAAGAAGCCGCAGAUGCAGAUAAUGAAAGAUUGAAAAAAGAGAUGAAAGAAAUAACAGAAAUGAAAGAUAAAGCCGCUCAUCGUUGUCAGGCGAUGGAAAAGGAAUACUCUACAGUGUAUGCCGCAGAGAAGGGAACACGCGAUAAGGAGGAAAUGACAAAGAGUAUUGUUCAAUUGCAGAAGGAAAUUGCAGAAAUGGAAACGGAGAAUAGACGACUACAGAAUGAACUGGAUAGACAUCCUCCUGGAUGUCAAUGUCUACUCAUGUAG